AUGUCUUUGGGAAUUUCAAUCGCGUGGAUGUCACCAGUUAUACCGAAACUAAUGUCGAACAAUACAGACAUCAAUCCUUUGGGAGAAGCAAUAUCGACACUUCAAGUUUCUUUGAUACCAGUUCUUCUGUUUUCUUCUACCACUUUAACAUAUCCACUGUGGGCAAAAGUUGUUGAUAGAAUUGGAAGACGAACUACCUUAAGACUUCUUGCUGUUAUUCUUUUAUUUAGUUUAACGACUACAGCGUUUGCGAAUCAUUAUUAUAUUUAUUGUGUUACAUUAGCAGGUACUGGAUCCAGUGUUGCAGGUUCAAUGCUUUCCGCAUCUCUUUACAUCAAUGAAAUAUCAGAAGAUAGCUACAGAGGAACAUUAGGCUGUUUAUUGGGAUUACAAAUACCAUUAGGACUUCUUUAUGGUUUUGUUUGUGGAGCAUUGUUCAAUGUUAGAGUUUUCACUUUGCUUUGCGCAGCACCCGCUGUUAUCCAUCUGAUAUUGUCGCCUUUCAUACCAGAGUCGCCUGUUUAUUUGAUAACAAAUCAUAAACGAAUUGAAGCGGUUGCUGCACUGAAAAAAUUGGGACGUACUUUAGAUAAAUCGGUUACUGAUAUGGAAAACGAAAUUGUAAAAGCCACUACCUCCCCAAACCAGAAAUGUUUUUUCGAAAUUUUUAAGAACAGUAACACGAGAAAGGCAUUCUUUUUAGCAUCACAAAUGUUUGUUAUCGAACAAUUUUCUGGUAUAUCUAUUAUAUUAGCUUACGUUGUAACUAUUAUAGACAAUUCCCAGUCAACUUUGACAGGCAAUGCAGUAAGUAUAAUAAUAGGUUUAGUAAAAGUAGCUACAUAUUUGAUCUCACUUUAUCUAAUAGAUAGAAUAGGAAGGAGAAAACUAAUACUUACUUCUUCUUUUCUAUGUAUCUUUCCCAUAUUUUUCAUGGGAGUUUAUUCCUAUCUCUCUCAUAUUAAAUCACAUGCAUUUGAUAAUCUUGGAUGGCUACUAGUAACAUUUGUCAUAUUUUACGUAAUGGCUUAUUCAAUAGGAUUGGGAACAGUACCAAUGACAUUUGCUGGCGAAGUUUUUCCUGAUGAUUUUAGAGCUACCGGGGUAGCUCUUGUUUUAGGUAUAGAUCAAAUUUUAGCUUGCGCUAUAUCUUUUUCUUACCCCAAUUUAGCUGAAUUGUGGGGAUCUCAUUGGUGUUUUUGGGUCUGUAGUUUUGUAACCACAAUUGGUUUUAUAAAUAUGUUUUUUACUGUGCCCGAAACUAAAGGUAAAUCUUUUGCGGAAAUACAAAAAAUGUUAUCAAAGUAA